AUGUCCUACAACGACAGCUAUGGCGAUGAUCGCCGAGGCGGCGGCAGAGACGAAUAUGGCUCGGAUCAUCGUCAGAAUGAGGGCGGAUACGGCGGAGGAAAGGAUUCGUAUGGCGGGCGUCAAGAAGGCGGCUAUGGAGGUGAUCGUCGACAGGAAGGCGGUGAGAGCUACGGUGGAGGCCGCCAGGAAGGACGUGACGAGUACGGCGGAGGGCGUCAAGGUGGCCGUGACGAACAUGGUGGCGGUCGUCAGGGAGGUCGUGAUGAGUACGGCUCUGGUCGACAGGAUCAAAGCUACGGCGGAGGAGAGUCGUAUGGCUCAGGCGGAGGAGGUGGUGGCUUCGGACACCAAUCAGACCACAACAGACCAGAAGGCUCAUACUCGGAAGGUCAGCGUUAUGGCCAAGGCCACGGUGACUCAAGUGGCACCUCAUACGGCGGCGGAGGUGCAUACGGCGGGGCAUCGAACGACUUCUCUGGCGCUGAGCACGAAGCUCGUCAGCAUGCUGGCAACAGCGGUGACUCAAGCCUCUUCAGCACAGCUCUCGGCAUGCUCUCAGGCAAGCACCAGCAGGUGCAGAAUGAGGGCUUCGAUGAAGAAGACGCUGUGAGACAGCACCGGAACUUCUAUGGCGGAGGCGGUGGGCAGCAGCAAGCCAGCUCUGGUAACCUCGGAUCUGCGGCAGCGAUGCAGGCAUUGAAGAUGUUCAACGGCGGUGGUGGAUCCAGCAGUGGACAGGGCAGCAGUGGAGGUGGCCAGAAUGCUUUCAUCGGUAUGGCCAUGGGUCAGGCAGCCAAGCUGUUCGAUCAGCAGUCAAGCCAAGGCAAUGUCCAAGGCAACAAGCAGGACGCUGUGGCUAGUGCCGCCCAGAUGGCAUUGAAGAUGUACAUGAAGAGCGAGAUGGGCGGUGGUGGUUCCUCGGGUGGAUCUGGCGGCGGUAUGGGAGGCCUCAUGAGCUUGGCCAGCAAGUUCUUGAAGUAG